CAGGACAGCACACCUGCGCACAAGGCGAAUGUUGUUCAAGCAUGGUGUCAGAGCAGCUCAAGAACUUCAUUAGCCUGCAGAAUGGCCUCCGUAUUCGUCGGAAUUCAAUCCCCUCGAUUGCAGCGUCUGGUCAGCUCUUGAGGCCAAAGCCUGCGCUCGCCCAUACAAGACUUGUCUCCGAGCCUGUGUUGGCGCCAAAGGAGGAAUCUUUGAAAUGUGAAGGUAUUAAUAUGAAGUAAAC